AUGAACAGGAAGACGGUGGAGAAGGGCCAAGAUGACAGUUUUGGGGGACGUGCCAGAGACAAUCGCACAACAGAGGAACAACGCGGAGCAUGCACCGCCUCUUCCCACAAAAGAACAACUAUCCAAACACAAAUAAUCCAGCAUCACAACAAAUUAUUGACCAUUCGGAAUAGGUUUGUUGGACACCCAAGUGAGAACCUGGCCAUCAAACAUGCCAUCCUCCUCCUUAUCCAAGGUGUCCGUGAUCCGUCCCUUCCUUCCCUAUGGGGUGUCCCUGGCCGCCUCUGUAGGGCCUUCUGCUCUCAACAAUGCAUUGGCUACCAAGGACUCUUGGAAGGACGGCUGUCUUGUCAAUGGGCCCCUUGCAGGAAGAAUACCUACAGUUACAUGGGAGGCAGCUCUCCCACUUUGUGGGUUUCUCAUCUAUCACACCAGCUGAUCUUGAUGGGGUUCCAGAUGUGGGAACAUUGGAACUUGGUGCAACACUUGGAGGAUAAUGUGCAGCUACGUGAGCACAGCCGACAGGUCAACGACGGGAUUCAUUCCCAGUUCGAUAUGGGCCCAACCAACCUUCCAAAGGUUGCCUGGUGCAUGCUCUUGGUCAAGCGCCGGGCAGUACUGAACAAACCCUCGGUAGAUUGGGAGGAGUGGCAAAAGCUGGUGAAAACACACGGCCUACUGCCGUGCUCCGGUGCCUCAAUGCCGCAUUCUCCAUCACUUUGUCCAUCCUAA